UUGUCAGUAUUUAUUCCGCACUCGAGCAGGACGCGUGUGUGCCGUGACGUGAGAGUGAAUUGCCCCCAUCAUAGCAAAGCUGAAAAGCCGAAAGGUCAGAGCGUUUCGCGUUUCACACAUAGCCCGCAGAACGGUCAGAUUGUCAUUCCUUGUUCCACGAGCGUUAUUCCUUUUUUUUUUUACGGCAACGUAGAAACAGAGCCAGAACCUUUUCUCACAUCGUCGACUUGUGUUUCUUCAACUGCUGGCAAAUAAAUACACGACAAUUCAUCUCGUCGAGGAUUAACAUUGUCCAUAUAACAUGAGGAAUUCCACUUUAUUGAAAUGGGCACAGAAUUCUACCAACAACAAAAAUCAACCUGGCAAAAAUGGUGCCGCUUCACCCAGAAAUUGGAUACAUUCGCCGGACGCUCUUCAAAAGGGUCACAUCGCUUACUUAGUUAAGUAUCUUGGGAGUACAGAAGUCGAUCAACCCAAAGGUAUCGACGUGGUUAAGGAGGCUACCUGCAAGCUAAAAUUUAAUCAGCAGUUGAGGAAAAGCGAGGGUACCAAAACGCCAAAAGUGGAACUAACCAUCAGCAUAGAUGGCGUCGCUAUUCAAGAGCCCAAGACCAAGACGACGCCAAAGCGUAUCAUGCAUCAGUACCCGCUUCAUCGGAUUUCGUAUUGUGCCGACGAUAAGGGGGAGAAGAAAUUUUUCAGCUUUAUCGCUAAAGAGGAAGACGCGGAGAGACAUACGUGUUUCGUUUUUGUAAGCGACAAAUUGUCGGAGGAAAUAACGCUGACGAUCGGACAAGCCUUCGAUCUAGCUUAUAGGAGAUUUUUGGAAACUUCAGAUAAGGAUUUGGGCAGCCAGAGACGCAGCAUGGUACUGCAGCACAAAAUCAAACGCUUAGAACACGAAAACAACAUCUACAGGCAACGGUUGCAAGAUAUCGCUUCGAUCAAGGGAACGGCCGAUGUGACUUCUUAUCUCUCCCAGCAUAAUUUACCCGACAUUUUACACGUUCCGGGUGUACCGAUGACUCCUGAAAGUUCCUCGUCGUCGAUUGACGAGACUACCAAACCUAGGAUGAAUGGUAGCUUGAGCAAAUCUUCUCUGAGCACAACUAACAGUGACAGUAAUGGAAAUACUUCUAACGGUAUACAACAGCCACCACCAGUGCCACCAAGAAGUUUCGAAAAAAGUUUCGAUGACGAUUUCAUGGGCAGCGAACCCCCAGUACCGACGGUCGGUACUAAGCUGGAAGGUCUACUGAUGGACGAGUUCGAGGAAGAUUUUAAUCCAAGAGCUCACGAGGGAUUGACAAAUGGGUCAGCUUUCAAUCAUCAGUCGAACAAUAACCCGACUUUGAACGGACAGGUCUCUUCGUCGCAGCAAAUUUUCUUCCCUCAGGCUAACGGAGGUGCGAGUUCCCCGCCGUUGCUGGCUCCGCCACCAAAGGCUAAAGAUUCUCGAAGGCAGAACGGCAUCAAAGAAGAUCUUUUCGGCAGCGUUCCGUUCAAUCCAGCUCCACCCAGCGGUGCAAAAACUGACAUAAAUGAUCCGUUUGAAAUGGGAGAGUUUGGGGCAACGACUGCAGCGUUAAAUCCGAGUCAGCAGGAAUUGGAGAAUGCGAUCGGACUUUUAGACAAAAGGCUUCUAGAAAUGAAAGAUGGAUUUAGCAGAGGUCUUUCAAUCGGAACUGAUGACUUUUCACUGGAGAGUCUAGAUCCGUUACGAAAUUAAGAUUAACGACCGUCACUAGUGUGUAAA